AUGCCGUCCACUCAGCCAUCCCCUCAGCCAUCCCCUCAAUCGUCCUCCGGCUUGGCGGAUCUGCUCACCAAUGUGCAGCCCUCUGAUGUUGAGUUUCUCGAGGUGCUGAAGAGAGACAAGGAUGAAGGUGUGGCGGUCUUCAAGGUUAAAAUAGGAGAUAAACUGUGUAUUAUGAAAGUGCAUGAAGGGCAAUAUGAUGGCUCAACAUAUGACCCCGACGUCGAAGUUCGCUUAUUUCUUCGGGAGUCUAGGGCGUACCGACUUCUCAAGGAAAAGGGAUUUUGUGAAAGACGAGUCGUGCCCGAUUUUUACGGAACGAUAGAGCGCAUCGAUGUCGCACUUUGGCCGGACCUGUACGAAUUCGCAGACGACCUACUUCCACCCGAUGCGGUCCUUCUCGAAUAUAUUCCGAAUGUGGAAAGAUGCGGAAUCGGCAACUUCUCAGAGGAUAAUCUCAAUCGAUUCUCUCUAGUACUUUGCGAGUUCCACGAGAUGGGCCUCCUUCACGGUGACCCGUAUCCACGGAACAUGCUGGUUGUUCGGCAGCAGCCCCGUGACAGGGUCGUCUGGAUCGAUUUCGACUGCUCGCAACUUGUACAGCGAGGGAACUGUAAAGAGUGGACUGAAAAGAAGUUUGACCGAGAACGAAGAAUGAUGGAUUACUUUGUGACAGCGCUGGCGCAGGAUGCGAAGAAUGGGGAGAUCAAGGAAACAUUUCGCUAUUACUACCACUAG